AUGCCGACCAGAAGCUUCGCUGGAACUUUCCAGCCGCUGAGCAGUAGUAGUCCGGCAGGGAGUUACCGGCCGUCAACUAGUGCUGGCAGGAGACUGCCGGCAAUUCGCGACCCGCUUUUGGAGCUGAUUCUGCCGUGCGAGGAAUGGGAGGGGUGUGACUGGAACGAUGUGACUGAAACGGGGGGAAAGGGAGAGCUGGAGGAGGGGAGAGGGUUGGGGAAUGGGUUAUCUGAAACGGCUAUAGACAUCGGGCAUCAAGCGGGAUUGAGGCUCGGAGAGAUGGACGGCGGAGAUGAACCCGAGGGAUCAGGGCUGGGUCAGAUGGACGGCGAGGAUCUGCGAAAUGGUGAUGGUGGAGGGAAGGAUUUCGGUAAACAUAGUGGGGGUGUUGAGUUGAAUGCGGGAGAAGAGAGAGGUUUGGAGAGUGCGGAGGUGUUGGAUAGUAAGGAGGAGAGGGAGGAGCUUGAAAUGAGUGGUGAUGCGGGGGAAGAGAGCGAGGAGAACGAUGAUGAGGAGGAGGAAGAGGGGGAGCAAGAGGAGGAAGGGGAGGCAGAAGAGGCAGCAGACGAGGAUGAGGAAGAUAUUAUUGAAAAUCUCUUUAGGGAGAUUGGUAAAUGGAAGGGGGAAAGGAGUUCACAAAGUGAAGGGCAGGGGGAUACCGACCCCAGGGCGGGAGAGAGCACGGGGGGUAGUAGAGUUGGCAAGCGGGAAGAGGGGAAGAACAGUGGGGUGAGGGCGGUGAGGGAAGCGAGGGAAGAGAGUGGAAAGAGGCGAGGUGUGAGUGGGGUUCCUAAGGGGGUCAGAAGGGGCGGGAGGACGGGGAGACGAAGGCUGGUGGACGGAUGGAUGGCAGGAGUGCCGGAGAAUACGGAGAGGACAGCAAUUGAAAGGCCAAGCAGGAGGAGGAGAAAGGCAAGCAAGAAAAGGAGGAGGUUGGUGGAUGGGUGGGUGGCUGGGCCGCAGGAGAAAGGAGAGUCGGCGUUCCGGUGGCGGAACGAGGUGGGGGAUGAGGAGGAGAUGCUGACUCAGCACCACGACAGCUACCAAUGGCAGUGGCCCGUGGCGCGGCUGGGCGACAGCUGGCGCGGCAUGUUCAUGCGGGAAGCCCGAUACGACAUCGCGAACACCCCAUCGUGCAAGGGCAUCCUCCCCCCGCCAGCCUACACCAACCUGCCCAUUCACGGCCGCGACGCCAACGAAACCGAAUUGAAGACCCUCGGCAACGUGCGGCGCCAACAGGAGAAGCACGAGCCCCUCCCGCUGGACCUCCUGCUCUCGUGGGCUAGGGUCGGGAAGGAGACGCAGCUGCCCAUCUCGCAGGCGCUUCAGGGUGAUACGCCCAGGGAGCGCUGGCUGAUUUGGACGCCGCGGUUUGGGUUGGGGAACUCGCUGCGGGGAUACACCUCGGCGUUCAUCUUUGCUUUGCUGUCGGGACGAAGGUUCUUGCGCUGGCACGGGGGUUCUCACAAGAGGGUCCUGGAGCGUCUGUGCGAUGCGUUCUACUGCGGGCUAGACGAGUUGCACUAUAAAGGGGAUAUGCGCAAGCACACAAAGCUCAUGGAGGGGCGGGAGCUUGUGAUCCACGGGCUCAACUAUUACUCCCCUGUCAUGGCUGUCACCUCGGGAGCGUUUUUCGAUGCCUUUUGGCGAAGAAAUCCUCAGAUCAACCAGUGUGUGCACGACGCAUUCAACUGCCGCUCCCUCUGGUGCAUUCAAUCGCAAGUGCUCUCCCUCCUCCUCGGCAAAGGGCCAAGGCCGGGGGUGCAAGAGGUGGUUGAUAGAGACUUGAGGGUGGUGCCGCCGCUGGUGUUCCGAGGGGGAGGGAUGGGGAUGGAGGAGGGGGAGGCGAAGGGGGGAAAGGUGGAGCCGCAGAUGGUUGCCAAAGGGGAGGGCUGGAAGCUGCAGUUUGACUUGUCAAUUCACAUCCGUGGACAUUCAGUCAACGUGGAGGGCGAUCACUGCGGGGACAAGGACACGCGGUGCCAGGAGAGAGCACAGCAGGCGGAGAUCUCCCGAGCGCACAACCUGAUGAAGCCCAACCGCUGGCGCUGCAUCGCCAGGCUGGCGCAGUUCCUGCGCGUCAAGAAGGCUGCUGCCGGCGGCUUCCCCAACGCCACAGCCGCCGCUGCCGCCUGCUUCGAGUACGAAGCGGCGCCUGCUGGAGUAUUCGCAGCAGCGAAGUGCUAA